AUGAGCGCGAGCAAGGAGGACGUGAAGCGGCGCCAGGUGAUCGUGAUCCUGGAGCAGGCGGCGCUGGAGACGGUCAAGACGUCCAAGGGCUACCAGCUGCUCAACUGCGACGACCACAAGGGCAUCCACAAGAAGCUCAACCGCGACGCCAGCCAGUCGCGCCCCGACAUCCUGCACCAGGAGCUCAUGGCGCUGCUCGACUCGCCGCUCAACAAGGCCGGCUACCUCAAGAGCACCAAGGGCGUGCUCAUCGAGGUGAGCUCGCAGAUGCGCGUGCCCCGCACGUACAAGCGCUUCGCUGGUCUCAUGGUGCAACUGCUGCACACGCUCAAGAUCCGCUCGUCGGACGGCAACCACACGCUGCUGAACGUGAUCAAGAACCCCGUGACCAAGUACCUGCCGGCCAACUGCAAGAAGUACGCGCUCACGCGCACGGGCACGCUGGUGAACCCGUGGGAGUGGGUGGAGACGCUGCCCAAGGACGAGCCCGUGGUCUUCAUCUUCGGCGCCAUGGCCCACGGCCACAUCUCCAAGGAGAACUGCAACUACCUGGACGAGACCAUCUCCAUCUCCGAGUACCCGAUGAGCGGUGCCCAGGCCAUCUGCCGUCUGCUCAACGGCUUCGAGCGGCACUGGGGCAUCCUGUAA